UGACAUCUGUUCUGUCACCUCACGUCAAUUGGCGAAAUUACUUCACGUGAACCAUCGGAAGGAAAUUAUUAAAAAUUUACAGACGGCUAUUCAGUUCAUCAAAAUUCUAUUGCAAUGAGUGAUAACGAAAAGGAAGAAGCUGCCAAUUUGAAAGAAGAAUUCGAAUGGGUUCUUCGAGAGGAGGUUCACUCGAUCUUGCAUCAGCUACACUCGGUUUUAGUCGGUUGUGCUCACAGAUUUCCUGUCCCUCUGUAUGGGAAUGAGGGCCAGAAACAAGACAAAUUUAUAUUGACCUCGCAGCCUGAACAGCUGAAAUGCAUUGUAACACUAACUGGCGACAGCAUAACUCAUGCAUCUUGUUUCUCCCACCAGGACAUAAGUUUUAAAGUGCUUCGGCAAAUGCACACAAUAUGCCGCACUUCAAUCAACCAGGACGGGCCGUGGAAGCUUCAGCAGAUCCAGGACGCAGCCAACCACUUGCAGCAAGCCAUCGGCUACAUUGACAAUGUAGACAAACAUUAUAUAUUCAGGUCAUCAGAUGAAGUCUUACAUAUAAUACAAUGCCUGAUUGGUUCCCUUCAAAGAGCCCGCACAGCACUAGUCCUCCCAAAAAAGAAAGCCAUUGAUGAACUAAUGAAAAGUCGAAAUAUGAAAGCCCUAUCACCAAACCUACCCGAAGACCUCGCAAUAUCAUUCUACAUCCAGUCGCACAAGCUGAUAUUCGUGGCCUACCAGCUCAGCUCGGUCCACGGCACCAUGCGUAUCGACUCGUGCCAGGCGGACUGCGCCGUUCCGUGGCUUAGUGAUGUCUUGUUCAUGCUGACGGCCGCAUUACACAUGUGUCAGCAGCUUAAGGAUAAGCUGUGUGUGUUCUCGCAGUACAAAGACUUCACGGUGGGCUCCCGCUCCGCGUCAAUGGUGUUUAACUGAUUUCCUUCUCCACGUGAUUCUCAAUAAUGUACGUAGGUAUGAUUAACGAAUGGGGUUGGCCAAUCGAAGCGUUUUACAGAUGGCGCCAGGAUGUUUCCCUGACAAUAGUAUCAAAUUCUUUUUUUUUUUUUUUUUUUUUAUUCUUGUUGUUUUUUGAUGUUAGUCUUAAGCCAGCCCAUACUCAACCUACGGCCUGCCGGGCUUUUUAGGUGGCCCGCCAGGUGAUCCUGGUCACCUUUAAGCAAAUUAAUCAUACGGCCCGGGGCUACAUGGCAAAACCGUUUUUGUGGCCCCCUCAUAAAAAAAGGUUGGCUAUAUGGCUGCUUUAAGCCAAAUUCCUAGAAAUGGGAAACCUAUGCUGGCGCCAUCUAUGAAAACCUUUGACAGUUGCUAUUCCCAUUGUAUGUAUGUGUAUUUAUUUUAUAGUUAACGAGUCCAUUGUUGAUAUUCUUGUUGAAUAUGUUGUAACAUAAUGUAUAUGCGUAAUAACUAACAUUAAUUUAUUUAAGUAUAGUUUAGGGAGGUUUGCACAUGUUAGAAGGAUAAAGGAUGGUAGGUGUUGAAAUUAAUAUUAUGGCGCACUACAAAGCUGUUUCCACACUUUGAUUUAGCCUAUCUAUCCC